AAAAAGAACUGAAAAGGUUAAAGGUUUUACAAGUGGUGAUUGAUUGCCUGUUGUACAAACCAUACAGAACAUACUGCCUGCUAUAUCCAAAAGGAGGGGUUAUGACAGCAAGAGCGCAUAUGAGUGAGUAUAUUAGAGGAUUGGGCUGGAGAGAGAGAGUAUUGAACUACGUAAGGCACAAGACACUCCGCAGAUGCAAAAGUAACUGUAACCAGUAAGUUGAUUUAUGACUGCUUGACCUGCUGGUGCCCAUCUGACCUGCAGCUUUCAGUGAGCAGAGUUUAUGGACAGUCUGAUCAAUAGGGAACCGCACCUCUAAAUUCCCUUUCAGCCUUCAGCAACAGCAAACAUGACAGCUGCCACAAGACUUUUGGAUGAGCUGUGCCAUUUAACAGUUCAGUCUCUAGAAACAAUGGAGCCAUUAGAUCACUUCCAAGUUAUUAAACUUCUUGGAGAGGGUUCAUAUGGCAAAGUCAUGCUAGCCGUGCACAAAAAGAGAGGAACCCCAAUGGCCCUUAAGUUUUUCCUGCGAGACUCCACCUGUCUCCUGUCAUUUCUGAGGGAGUAUAAUCUCUCUUUGGCCUUCUGCAAGCACCCCUCACUUACCUCAGCUAUGGGUAUCGCUUUCUCCACUCCCACUCACUAUGUAUUCGCCCAGCAGCCCUGCCUUUACGGUGACCUCUUUGAUGUCAUCAUUCCUGAGGUUGGUCUGAAAGAGAACCGUGCCCAGGGAGUGGCUUCUCAGAUCAGCAGUGCCCUCUCUCACCUCCAUUCCCUUGGCUUUGUCCAUCGUGAUGUCAAGCCAGAGAACAUCUUUCUAUGUGAUCGAGACUGCCGCUGGGUCAAGCUGGGUGAUUUUGGCAUGGUGAAAGCUGCAGGAAAUAGAGUCCCAUGUGUGUGGUACAGCUCCCCAUACUGCACACCUGAGGCCGAGAUAGCAAGGAAAAAGGUGGAAAGCAAUUCAGGUGACACAGGUGUGGAUGACAAUGGGAACAACCCAAAUGUGGACUUUGGCAAGACCCAAAGGAUUUUGGUGUCUGUGGAUCCCAGUACAGACAGCUGGGCCUUGGGCAUUUUAAUCUAUGCCAUGCUAAUGGGGAGCCUUCCAUGGUCUGAGACUGUUUCAGAUAACCUUGCAUAUAAAGGCUAUCUACAGUGGAGCAAAUGGGAAAGUUCUGCAUCAGAAGAUCAAUCCGAGGACCUCUAUCAGUUGGCACCACAGUUUGGGGCAUUCACUCCUCUUGUGACCUGUCUUUUUAGGUCCCUGCUCCAUCCACUCUCCAGGCUUCGUGGCAGGCCAGAUGAGGUGGAAAAGUACCUAGGAGGAGCUUGGCUACUGGAAAAGGAUGUCAGUGGGUGAUACAUCAAAGAAAGGACAAGUCUGAGAUCAGUAGAUUGUUGUUAUUGGGUCAUUCCCUCUUUAGUGUGAAGAAUGGUGAUCACUACUUAGAAGAGGCUCCAGUGGUAACACACAUGAACUCUACAGAGGAGGAGUCAAGGUUUAUAGGGAUACCAAAAACUUGGGCCUCAAUCCACAGUCCGGCAACAUUACUGCACUCCAAAACAAUGUGCAAUGAGUGUAAGGCGACACUGGAAUCUUUACCAGAAAUAUUAGAGUGGUGGCUUCACAUCGGAAGGCAUCUUAAUAACAUCUGUGUUUAUAAGACUAAAUAAAUACUGCCAGCCAUCUUCACUUUCCAAAGUCGUUUGGCAAUUUCAACAGUUCAGCUGUACCAACUUGAUAGUGCCUAAAUCAGGUCACUUAGCUGACAUCAUGAGCAGUUCUUUUUUAUUUUCAUGUGAACAUAACUUUCUAAACAACUAAUGAAUCUACUGAAAAUGAACAGCAGUGUUAUCGAAUCACACCAGUACUAUUUGGGAGUUUUAAAAAACAGCCAAAGGUUUCCAUAGUACACUUAAAAUGCCGCUUGUUCAAACUACUUAUUUAAAAUUAGCUGAAACCACACAAUUCUUUUGUUUUUUUGGGACAACUUAUUGUCUUAUUGGGACACCCACCUUGCAGGAGGUGAUUGUCUUCAGAAACAUUUUUUUUGUUGUGCUGGUUUAUAGUCUCUUUACAUUCCAAUAGUACUGAUUAAAGUAAACAAUGUAUUUAUAUCUAUUUUUAUAUUCUGGGUAAGGCAUAAAACUAAAAAAUGUUCAUCCAAUUAAAUAUAUUCGGGGCGAUAAUUCACAAAAUUCUGAUAAGUAGCCCAAACUGUCUGUCAGCAAAUGUAAAUUUAAACAACUGCGCACCCUUUCAUACAGAUCCGCCAAUGCGCAUUCACGCGGGCCACGGUCACAUGUGACAGCACUAAAAACAUGCUGAAUCAAAACUUUUUAAAAUCCUGAAUCAAUAUUGGAGUUACUUUUGCACGCUGGAGGAAGGAUGACACCAUGGCUGAAGUAUUUCUUUUAGACAGGUUAUGUUAUGUUUUAAAACUAUUUUUGUCACACAAAGCUUGUGUAGAUUUUGUUGUUAUGAAUGGGUUAUAUGCACAGAAGUGUUGUUCAGCCACUGAAAUCUUCUAGCGAAGUUUCAUUAGGACCUUUUACAUCAUCGAUAAUGUAGAUUUUUAUUUAGUUUAACAACAAAACAUUGAUAAAUAGCGCUAUUCUGCCUAGCCUGCUACUGAGGUGAACUUGGUUUUUCACAUUGGAUCAUUUUUGAACAAUGACGACCUGUGACGGGCCCCCGUGGUAAAUAGCAUGCAAGUAGGGCUUAGUAAUAACAGUAAAUCAAUAGUCACUUUGAGACAAAGUGUGUGAGGGAGUGAGACUGAGGAGUGAGAUUGAUGAGAGAGUGAUGACAAACGUGCCAGAUAUAAUACAGUUUUUUAUUCAGAAUUGUAGUAUUAUAAAGUACUAUAUGUUUUUCUAACUGGCAAAUGACAUGAUCUAGUGGGUCUCUGUCAUCUUUAUCGUGCGUGAUUUCAGGAGGCAUGGCUUUGGACGACAGUGGAGGGAUUGUAUUUGAAAGAUACUAAGCUAACCAGUUAGCAUUUAGGCAGAUCACCUACUGCACCUUUAAUGUUUUAUGUUUCAACUACUUAAAUUUGUAAAAACUAUGAAGUUAACUUAAUCGAUUUGUGUUGUGACAACAUGGAGGAAUUGUGUGGAACCCUGCACUUUUUAAAAUUUAGGAACAAAAAAAAUAAAUAAUGGAAGCCAGUGGCUGUUUUUUCCAGUAUUCUUCAGUAUAUCUCUCUUUGUGUUCAGAAGAAGAAAGAAUCUCAAGAUUUAGGAUCAAGUGAAGGGAAAAUUAUGGAAUUAAUCAAGCACAUUACCUAGUAAAUUACCAAUAAAUAAAAACUAAUAUAGUAAAAACUAAUAAAUAAAUAAAUCAUGCCUAUGAUUCAA